AAAACAAAUAAAAAAUAAAAUAAUCCCCUCCUACCGUCUCUCAUCGACUCAUCCUAUCAGUUUCCUCCCUCUUACUCAUCAGCCAUCCUCUGCCGCCGCCGGCGACACCAGUCACUCAGCCACUACGCAACAUUUUUUUUAAUAAUUAAACUAUCGCUUUUCUCUAUUAACCAUAAAUUACGUUAAAGAAAAAUGAGAGCCGGGGUGGCAGGCAUUGUAAAUGGAGGUCCUACUCUCACUUUCAGCGCCACCGGUUCACGGUUGCGCUCGUUCUCCCCUCGCCGUCUUCAAGUUCGAUGCUUUUCCUCUUCUGGUCAUAUAUCAUUUAUAAAGGAGAUUGCUGGCACUCAACCGCCUGAACAUCUUCAUCAAUUGCUAAAUGUGCUACAAUCAAAGGGUGAAACUAUUGUUUCUCCUGGAGCUAGGCAGGGCUUGAUUCCUCUUGUAGUUCCUCUAUCUAAAAAUUCAUCAGGGACAGUAACUGCCUUGCUCAGAUGGCCAACAGCUCCACCAGGGAUGGAGAUGCCAGUUGUGGAAGUACAUGAUCAUGGGGUUUGGCUAUUGGCGAAGAAUGUGGAUCAAUAUAUUCAUAGAAUUCUGGUUGAGGAAGAUGCAUUGAGCAAGGAUGAGUCUCAAGACGUGCUUUUUGCAGCUUCUUUUGAGGCUGGAAAAAAACUUUAUAAGAAGGGUGAUCUUGCUGAGUCUAAGACUCGUAACCUUGAUGUCUACCUUUUGAAAAAGGUUGGAUUGUUUCCAGAUGUUCUAGAAAGAAAAGUGAUGCGACAUUUUGAUGAUGGUGAUCAUGUUUCUGCAAUGGUGACUGGAGAAUUCUAUAUGAAGAAAGACCUUUUCCCUGGGUUUGCACGGCCUUAUGUUUUCAAUGCAAAGAUCUUGUUGAAGGUUGGGCGUGUUUCAGAAGCUAAAGAUGCUGCAAGAGUGGCACUAAAAUCACCAUGGUGGACUUUAGGCUGUCCAUAUCAGGAAGUUGCGGAUAUGGCACAAUGGGAAGACGAACAAAUUGAAUACAUUAAGGAGAAAGUCACAGAAGAGGGCCGGCAAGAAGAUUUGAAGAAAGGAAAAGAACCACACCAGGUAGCAUUGGAUGAAGCUGCUUUUUUGUUGGACUUGGCUUCCAUUGAAGGAUCUUGGGAUGAAUGUCUGGAGCGAGUUGCUGAAUGUUACAAAGAAGGUGGACUGAAUGAAAUUGCUAAAUUUGUUUUGUACAGAGAUUGAGUAGAAAAAGAGGUGAUGUGCUCGAUUUUCCUCUGUCCAUAAGUUAGCUCCAAUUUCCACUUUUGAUCACCCUCAAAAUUGUAUCUUUUUUCCCCUUGUAUACACAACUAAGAAUUCAUAGUACGGAAAUAAACUCUUGUAUAGAAUCUGACAGAAAUAAAAAUAUUCUUUAUCA